GAGGGAGCGAUAUUAAACAGGGACACUUCCUGGCAACAAGCUCAGUUCCUGUACUAGAGAGUGGAGAAGCGGGAUGGCUGAGAAUAGCUCCGAUAUCAGCGGCUCCGGCUGUCGGAGGUGUUCAGUCCAUUCUCCUGGAGAACGAACUCAAACGUCCAGUAUCGGGGCAUCCAAGUGGGUCCGCUUGAAUGUGGGGGGCACGUAUUUCUUGACUACACGACAAACAUUGUGCCGAGAUCCGAAAUCCUUCUUGUACCGUCUGUGCCAGGCCGACCCCGACCUCGACUCCGAUAAGGAUGAAACCGGUGCCUAUUUAAUAGACAGAGACCCCACAUACUUUGGUCCAGUGCUGAACUAUCUGAGGCACGGGAAACUGGUCCUCAACAAAGACCUGGCGGAGGAAGGCGUGCUGGAAGAGGCUGAAUUCUACAAUAUCACGUCGUUGAUAAAGCUUAUCAAAGACAAGAUCAGGGAACGAGACUGCAAGACGUCACAGGUGCCCGUCAAGCACGUCUACAGAGUCCUGCAGUGCCAGGAAGAGGAGCUCACGCAGAUGGUGUCCACCAUGUCUGACGGCUGGAAAUUCGAGCAGCUUGUCAGUAUAGGUUACGGGCGGGACCACCAGUCAGAGUUUCUGCUGAUUGUGUCCAGGGAGGUGAAGGGAGAGGAGACCGGUUUCCCCAACCGCAGCGGCGAGCUGGUCAGCAUUGGCUCUUCCUACAACUAUGGAAAUGAAGACCAGGCCGAGUUCUUGUGCGUCGUCUCCAAGGAGCUGCACAACCAAUCAUACGGCACGAGCAGCGAGCCGAGCGAGAAGGCCAAGAUUCUUCAGGAACGUGGAUCCAGAAUGUGAAGAGACAGUAUUAAACCCUAAGAAUUUUGUUCUGCUAUGAGCUCCAGGUAUAGACACAAACAUAUCACAGAAGAAGAGAAGCAUUUUUUGCAAGAAAGAAGAAAAGUAACUUUGGGGCCUACAUCCUCUUUUCCCCCCACUUUUUUUAUUGUGUAUAUCAAGUCCACUUAGUGACUUUUUGUGCCUGUACAGUAAACUGGACUGAUCUUGUUUAUUUUUUAAGCAAAUGGAAAGAGUUUUUAUUUCCAAUUCAGAUGCAGGAAAUAUGCAUGUCAUUUGUAGUAAGCUGAGCAAAGACGGUCUUACAGUCAUUCUUGGCCAAUGAUUUACUCAGGGUCUCCCAUUGUUCAGUUACUUUAGGUGCAUCAACUUUCCUACUCUAAGGUCUUGUAAGGGAUUUUAAAGGUAUGUCUUUGCAUUUGACAGGCCUGCCCCUCAAAAACCCCAAAUGCUUUUGGCAGAGGCAAAUCUCAGAGGUUUUAAUAUUUUAAUACUGUACUGAGAUUUUAGACUAAGAAGAGAAAAAGGGACCCAUGUAGCCAUUUACAGCUCGAAAGUUAAGGUGCAUUGGGUUAUAGGGAUGGUGCUGUGGGUUUCAAAAUAGCCAUAUAACUAAAAGAAACGUUUAAUUUGGAAAUGUGAAUCCUUAAGACUCUUUGCCGUGGGGAGAAGAGAGAAUGCUUUUCUUUUCUCCUGUUUUUCUUUGUUUUGGGCAGAUAAUUGUAAUGUGAUGGGGGUUAGGAAAUGGGUGAGGGGUGAUGUUUUGAGGCUUUUUCCUAUCUUCGGUGUUUGAUAUAACUUAAGGUAGCAAAGAACAAAAAUUGAAUUAAUUUGAACUUUAGAACUGCACAUUUUGUAUUGUGUGUGCGAUGCUCAACUUAAGGUUUUAAGUUGUACUGGAGCUAUUGAAACAGGAGUGUCUUGGACACGAUUGAUCUACACAUUUUAGUCAUGGUUUGUUUGUACAUAAGUCUCUGUAUAUUAAGAUUUUCAAAUCACGGCAGACUUCAUAUGCCUAGGAUAUUGAGUGUUUGUUUAUUAAAAAUUUAAAUGGAAAGAUUAUGCUUUCCAGUGACACGAUUUUAACUUGGCACAGACAUCGACUGUUCGGCUGGUUAUGCUGUAAAAAAAAAAAAAUUUUUGUUGUUCUUUUGAUUCAAAGUCGAAUCCCUUUGUCUUGCAUGAUUGCACACACUCUGAUUGAGGGUGUGUUUGGAUGUGUAGAUAUUUUAUACGCACCCUUCAAAACACUGCAGUGUAAAGAACAGCGCCUUGACAUUGCUCACAUGUAGAGAAACUUGCACACUAUAAAGCUUGGCUCAAGACUGCAGUAGUUUGCAAACAUGCAAGUUAAAGCACUGAGCUCAUAUACUUUAGUAAUACAUUGUCAUUAUUUGCUCAGGCCUAAUCUAUGGUGUGUGGGGGAAAAUAUACAUAUAUAAUAUUAUAUGUGAUAUAUCAUUUCCUGAAGACCAAAUCCAAUGUCAAAGUGCAACUUAUACAUUGAAUUGUCAUGGUCAGGGAUGGGUAACACACACACACAUACACAUGUGUAUGGUUUUGAAUAUUAGUAAAUAUAGAUGUGGGAGUGUAUGUCUAAUGGGUGCAUGCUUUUCUUUUUUUACUAAUACACACAAGGGCUUUUAAAUGUGGAGUGCAAGUGAUACAAUCUGUAAAGAGGUUCUGCAAAACCGGGACAGACUUAUUGCCGGAGCUAGGCAAUGUUUACAUUUGCAAUAGUGUUGAAGCCUUCCAGUAAUCUUGCACACCUUUCCUUACCUUAAUAUAGUGACAGACUUGUUUUACGUUUCACUGGAGGGACACUCUCUCCCCAGUCCAGUUUAACUGACUGAUGUAAAUAAUGGACUUUGUUCAUUAUUGUUAACAUAUCUUCAUACAUUUCCCAGUUGUUUUAUGUUAAACUGUUUUAAAAGCUGGGGAGAAGGUUUUGAUCCCCCAUUGCAAAGCUAAGAAUAGAGUGGUCACUGCACCCCUUCGCAGCGGAGCCAAAAUGGCCACCAGGAAGCCUUGUUUGGAGUGGCAGUGAUCAUGGCCACUCUGUGUUCCUUUCUGUGAGGUAUAACAUUCAGGCCUGGUUAGUGGGCCUCAGUAUGAGUGAUGGAGACCAUGCCCAGUCUGGGGUGACAAGUGAAGGGAUGCCUGUACUGUUGGUUCACUGUAGUUUGCUCCACUGAUGUUCAUGACAGGUUUUCAGGAGGUGUUGCAUCAACCAUAGCAUGCAGUACCUCCCUACCAUCCUUGCCCAACCCAUCUUGUUCUGUUUUGACUGAUGUAGCAAAAAUACUUUGCAGGUCAUUUCCAGAGGCUGCUGUAGCUCAAUGUCAAAGGCUGAUAUAUAUAUAUAUAAUGUGUAAAAUCUACCAGUUGUGAGAGAAUUUCCAUUUAUCCUCAGAUCUGCAAAAUAUAUUUUCCUUUUUUUUUUUAUGAACAAGGCCUAGCAGAUGAAGUUUUUUGCACCAGUUUGUCACUACUGUUAUGAUUAUAUUUCAAUGUUUUGUAUUUGUGCAUAUUUUUGUUUCAUAUAUAUAUAUAUAUAUAAUAUUCAAAAUAUACGUAACAUAAAAUGACUGGGAGAGUACAAGAGUGAUAUUGAGCAGUGUGAACUAAUAAAUAAAUGGUCUUUAACUUACACAGUAAACAUAAAAUCUUUGUCUUUUUUUAACAUC